UCAUUCAGCCCACAGGCUACAUACAAAAAUAAAAAAGAACAUAGCAUAUACUGUAUACCCAACAAGGACCAGCGAUCCGGCAAUCGGCUUUCAUGUAAAAGUAAUCCUAGUGGCUAAUUAGCUACAGGAUUGCUAUGCCCCCCUCCCCCUGCUGCUUUCCACGGUCUUCUCGGGCAGUCCCGUGCCUUCGGGGGAACUUGAAAAUGCAGCCAGUGUUUCUGCCAGCUGACCAUAGAGCUGAUUGGAGACCGGAAUGGUGCCAAUCAUCUCUAUAGUCUAAGAAAUCGGAAUCUACGAGCAU